AGUGAAAACAAGUAGUUACACUAAUGAAAGCUAGUUUAUUAACGUUGCAUUGUUAAGUAAAAACGUUUUUUAUUAAUUUUUUAUUGAUCAUUCUAUAAAUUUUAUCAUGAAUAAAAUUAAAUACAUAUAAAAGUAUUGUUUCAAAAAGAAGAUAAAUGUAUAUGUACAAUAAGUUAAAGUGUAUAACGUUUCUUAACCUUAACAUUAUUAAUUUUGCAACAUAUCAAUAUAUUUAAUUUGCAUUUUAGCAUUCAUUACUAGUAAAAUUUAUCAAGGAUCAUGUCUGCUAAUAGUCCUCAUACAGAAAAGGAAUUAGAUUUAAGUAAUGCAGGACGAGGUGUAUGGCUUGUUAAAGUUCCAAAAUACAUUGCCAAUAAAUGGGAAAAGGCACCCGGAAACAUAGAAGUUGGAAAAUUAAAAAUAACUAAAAAUCCUGGUCAAAAAGCAGAAGUAUCUCUCAGGCUAUCAGAAGCUGUUUUAGCUUUAAAAGAACCAGGGGAAGAAGAUAUUCCAAAACAGCAUAGACUUGAUGUUACCACAGUAACUCGACAAAUGUUAGGAGUCUUUUCGCAUGUUACACCAUCAGUUACAUCUGAUAGUAUUGUUCCUGAAAGCGAAAAACUGUAUAUGGAAGGAAGAAUAGUGCAAAAAUUAGAGUGUCGUCCAUACGCGGAUAAUUGUUAUAUGAAAUUAAAAUUAGAAAGUAUAAAAAAAGCAUCUGUGCCACAAAGACAAGUUCAACAAUUAGAUAGGGUAGUGCACAAUUUCAAACCUGUAUCUGAUCACAAACAUAAUAUUCAAUAUGCUGAAAAGAAGAAAGCAGAAGGAAAGAAAAUGAGAGAUAAUAAAGAUGCAGUCUUAGAUAUGCUCUUUGCAGCAUUUGAAAAACAUCAGUAUUAUAACAUCAGAGAUCUUGUAAAAAUUACAAGACAACCAAUUGUAUAUUUAAAAGAAAUUCUUAAUGAAGUAUGUAACUACAACUUGAAAAAUCCACAUCGAAAUAUGUGGGAAUUAAAACCAGAAUAUCGACAUUAUAAAGAAGAAGAAGAGAAAUCUGCAGAAAAUGAUUCUAAAAAAACUAAUGAAUCCGAUGAUGAUUAAGAUAGUAUCUGCGUAUAUAAAUAACCUUAUUUUUAAAAGACUAUAUUGCUAGGACUCUAUAAAAAAAAUAUUUAUUUUUCUAAAUAAAUAAAAACAUUAUUGAAGACUGAUAAAUUAAGAUUCAAUUAUCCUACGUGUUUAGUUUGCAUUUUUAAUACAAAUUACAAUUAAUGCGCAUUUUCUAAAAUUACGAAUUGUUAUUUUUAUAUCACAUUUCGUGAUUAUGAUAAAAUACGAUCAUGUUAUUGCAAGCAGUAUAUCAUAUUACACUAUGAAGCAAAUAGUAAAUAAAUUCUUCAUAGUAUACUAUUAUUAAUUUCUAAGAAUUCUACGAAAAUUAAUAUAAAAUAUUACCAGAAAAUAUAAUGAAAAGAUAUUUUAAUGAGAUAAUGAAAUUGCAAUGGAAAUAUUCUUAUAUUAUGUUUUUAUGAUUAAUACAAAUUGUACUUUAUGAUUUCUUAUCUGCAUAAACCUUUUUUAUUUGAAUAAGAUCUUGAUUUCCCUAGUUUUUCACUAUAAAUAACUUCGAUAAUCUAAGGCAAUUUUAUUUAGAUAAUUUAUCUCAAUGUAAUUCCGGGAGAGUGCAGUAUGAAUAGACAAAAAUGUAUUCAUAUCUUUUGUGACUUUUAAUUUAUUAAUAUUUGUGUUAAUUGACUUAUAUGAUUAAAUUUAAUAUAUUAUAUGAUACAAGAUAGAUCGUGUAAACAAUUGUGAAGAUAAAUAUGUCAAUUUAACCUCAUAAAUUUUUAACGUAAUCAAUCAACGGUGUACAAAUAAGAGCACAGACGUG